AUGUGGUUAAAUCCUUUGGACGGAAUUUUGGCUAGUGAAAAUAUAACUAUUUCUUCAUUAAAGUACAAUUCUAGUACCGAUGGAUUAAAUAUCACGGAUUGGCCAAAUUUGGUCGAAAGUAUUAUACCGAAUAUUUACGAAAACACAUUACACGCUACAACAGUUGCUGUUAAUAGUGAUGCAAAUGGAUUGUUAUCAAUGUCCAGAUCGAAAAGAUCCAUUCCUGAAAUAAUAUACCCCGAAAUUUUGGUUAUUGUUGAUAAUGUAUUAAAUGAAAGAAUUGGUGGAUCCAUACGAGACAAACUUCUGUAUCUUCUGGCAUUUUGGAAUGGGGUUGAUAUGAGAUACAGAAGUUUGGAGAAUCCUAGAAUUAGGUUGAACAUUGCUCGGAUUGUUUUAGCAGAGGAUCGUCUACCCUACGUAACUGUCGAUCUCAAAAGCAACUACUUUUUGAUGAACCACGUUACUUCCCUACGGGCUCAAGGAAAUUGGUUAUUUAAGAUGAACGAAACUAUUCCACUUGAUUCUUAUGAUUUAGCAGUGACAAUGAUACCAAAUCUAUUUUGUGAGGAUAAAAUAGGACCGAACUGUACAGUCGUUGGACAAGCAUUUCUCCACGGAGCUUGCAAAAUAUUAUUUGUCAAUAAAACCACGAACAAAGCAAGUUUUAUACGAGAUGUAGGAGGAUUUGAUGGAAUCCAAACAGCUGCUCACGAAUUGGGCCAUUUGUUUGGUAUGUUUCACGACGGUUUAUAUGGCUGUAAUGAUUCGCAUGGUUACAUAAUGGCUUCGUCGGACAAAUUUACUCCUCAGUCAUUUGAUUGGUCAAACUGUUCGCUGGGUCAAAUGGACAAAUAUUUGAAAGAUGGAUUGGGGUCUUGUAUGUUUAACUCUCCCAUUUACCAAAGUAAACCGUUCCUCAGAUAUUUACCGGGAAAACUAAUGAAUGCUACUCAGCAGUGCACCAUGUUCGUAAAUGGAUCUGCGACUGUUGAAGAUGAUACGAUUUGCACUCAAUUAAAGUGCUCGAAAAAGGGAGAAAUUCGACUACCUGAAGCUGCUGAAGGCACUCCUUGUGGUGUUGAAAAACUAUGUCUGCAUGGACUUUGUACUGAAGAAAGUUCCAUAGAUUGA